AUGACGCAGCCGUGCGCAAAGACGCGUAUCGUUAUCCUAGGCUCGAAAUUCGUCGGCAAGACUACGAUUGCCGACUGGUUCGCACAGAAGCAAAGGGCGACUGAGCUGCAGUCGACGAAAAGUCACCAACAUGUUCUUAAGACGCCAGACAUAAUCGUUACCGAAGUCACGAAGCUUUCGGCGCUCACCAAUAUGAACAUCCGGCGCGCCGACGCGUUAGUCCUCGUCUACGCCGUCAACGAUUCAGACUCUUUCGAGAACAUGUGCUUUAUGCGCGACACAAUAGUAAAUAUACACUCCUCCGACUUCCCGAUUGUCGUCGUCGGCAAUAAGAAGGACAUCUUGGAGCGAAAAGUGCACCCGGUCGUCGCCGACUGCUUGGUCACCAUAGAUUGGGAGCACCCUCACGUUGAGGUUUCAGCGAAGAACGGCGACGACGAACUGAAAGCCAUAUUCGACAAGCUGUUUCUACAUCUGGCUCUCACCAGGAAGUCUCUCCAGACGGGAACUUUCGGGUGUCAACAAACAAUGACCAUAAGGCGGAAAACCAUGAGUUAG